GAUGUAGUGUAGAGGAGAAACUUUUGAUAAUUUUAUUCAUCAAGAGCAAACAUUGGACGAGAUAUUAAAUAAAUAGAAACAUCUGAUGACAAUAUCUAAAAUCUAUUUCAUCAUAAUAUCAGUACUUUCGAGUUUAAUUAUAAUCUGUAAAAGCAAUUGUUGUAAAUAACGUAAGAUGAUUUAGACAUAUGGACUGAUGAAAAUCGUAUUAAUUAGUUUAUAGCUUUAUUUCAUAACAUUAAGUUUCGAAAAAACUAAGUAAGAAAAAAACUUCCUUGAAGAUAUAAUUUCAAAGAAUUGCUCUGAUGAUUAUGUUUAACAAUAAUUAGAGUAUCUUAGGGAUAUGCUGACAGAAUAAAUUUAUAAAUAUAAUUUGAUAUACAUGAUCCUAGUUUGCAUUGUUUUGGGAAUAGACUAUUGUUUAAUAAUAUUUUAUUUUGUUUGGAAAAAAUUCUUGAAAAGAAAUUAAUACAACAAUUGA